AUGAAUGAGACUGACCAAAAUAUCCAAUUUAAGCCCACUUACCGUAAGAUCUGGAAAGUAAAAAAGCUCAUUAAGAGUCUUGAGAGUGCACGAGGUGCCGGUACAUCGAUGAUCAGUUUGAUCUUGCCGCCCAAGUCGCAGCUGUCUCAAGCAACGAAUAUGUUAACCCAGGAAUAUGGUACCGCAAGUAACAUCAAGUCUCGAGUUAAUCGCUUGUCGGUGCUUGCCGCCAUCACUUCCACACAACAGCGUCUUAAGCUUUACACACGUGUCCCAGACAAUGGUCUUGUGGUCUAUUGUGGUACGAUCCUCACACCUGAGGGCAAAGAAAAGAAGGUUAACUUCUCGUUUGAACCAUUCAAGCCCAUCAACACCUCUCUCUAUCUCUGUGAUAACAAAUUCCAUACGGAGGCACUUUCCGAGCUGUUGGAGUCGGAUGCUCGUUUCGGUUUCAUCAUCAUGGAUGGUAAUGGGUCUCUUUUUGGUACUGUUUCUGGAAAUACUAGGACGGUGCUACACAAAUUCUCCGUGGAUUUGCCCAAGAAGCACGGUCGCGGUGGUCAGUCUGCCUUGCGUUUCUCUCGUUUGCGCGAGGAAGCACGCCACAACUAUGUGCGAAAGGUAGCAGAAUAUGCGACCCAGCACUUCAUCACCGAUAACAAGUGCAAUGUUACUGGUUUGGUGCUUGCUGGCUCUGCUGACUUCAAAACCGAACUUAGUCAGUCGGAUAUGUUGGACUAUCGACUCGCGCCCAAAAUUAUCCAAAUUGUCGAUGUUUCGUACGGAGGUGAAAAUGGAUUCAACCAGGCUAUUGAGCUGGCGGCAGACAGCUUGGCCAACGUCAAGUUUGUCCAAGAAAAGCGUUUAAUUCAAAAAUACUUUGACGAAAUUUCCACAGAGACAGGCAAGUACUGUUUUGGUCUUGAAGAUACGUUCCGCGCUCUUGAAAUGGGUGCUGUUGAGACACUUAUUGUCUGGGAGAACCUUGAGCAUAUGCGCCACGUUCUCAAAGACUCUGAGGGCAAUGAACAUGUCCUUAUGCUCACCAAAGAGCAGGAAGAAGAUCGUUCUCGUUUCAUCGACAAGGCUACAGGUUUGGAAAUGGAAGAAGUUGGAGAGCCACAGCCUCUUCUUGAGUGGAUCGCUGAGAACUACAAGCAAUUUGGUACCACUCUCGAAUUCGUAACUGAUCGUUCUCAAGAGGGCAUGCAGUUCUGCAAAGGCUUUGGUGGUAUUGGUGGCAUUCUUCGCUAUAAGGUUGCAUUCGAGGAUUUGGCUAUGUAUGAUGAGGCCGAGGAUGAGUUCAUGAGUGACGACGACGAAGACUACUAA